AUGACCUUAUAUGGUGUCGGAGCACAUUGUUCUAUGACGGUGUUGCAUAUCUUGAAGGUCUCCCAGGGCAGUCUGCUUAUCAAUGCAAACAAUGCAAACAGUAACUUUGAACGGCAAAAAAACUUCCUCCGCCCGCGACCAAAAAAAUUAUCGUUCGGCACGAGCAUAACCAGCUCGCACCUCAACCACUACCCCAUUUAUUUUCAGUGA